UAUAGUAUAGGUUUGUGUUGCCUGACUUGACUUUCUCUCAACAGCUCUUAGUAAGCUAUUGAAACUGUUUCCGUUGAAGUGUUUGUCUGCUCUUAGCUUCCUGCACUGAGCAUGAUUUCACAGGGAGGCCCUGGUGAAACGUGUUUGGUUGAAACACAUUGUUGUUACUUUAGGCGCUGACUGGUCUCCAGCCGACUGGAGUAAAGUGCAGACAGCCUAUGGCUUGGAUGACUUGCGUUUCACAUUGGUUUGAGCAAGAUGAUUGGUAUGAAGGACUACAAAGAGCAACCAUGUCCCAGGUCAGGCAAGUGGGACUGCUGGCUGCUGGGUGUCAGCCAUGGAACAAAGAUGUGUGUGCUGCCAACGGAGACCGCUUUGCAUACUGCGCAACUCUGGCCAUCUAUAUAUACCAGCUGGAUCGUCGUUACAAUGAAUUUAAACUUCAUGCGAUUAUGUCGGAACAUAAGAAAACAAUCACAGCCAUCUCAUGGUGCCCACACAACCCCGACCUGUUUGCAAGCAGCAGUACCGAUAACUUAGUGAUUAUUUGGAACGUUGCAGAGCAAAAGGUCAUCGCUAAACUUGACAACAUCAAAGGGACACCUGCUUGUCUCGGCUGGUGCUGGAACACAGAAGAUGCUGUGGCAUUUGUUUCCCAGAAAGGACCUCUGUUCAUUUGGACCAUCUCAGGACCAGAUAGUGGAGUAUCUGUACACAAAGAAGCUCAUAGUUUUGUGUCUGAUAUAUGUGUAUUUAGAUGGCACACCCAGAAGAAGGGAAAAGUUGCAUUUGGUCAUCUUGAUGGAAGCAUUUCAAUUUUUCAGCCUGGUAGUAAAAAUCAGAAACACGUUCUGAGACCCGAAUCUCUUGAAGGAACAGAUGAGGAGGAUCCAGUUACAGCCCUGGAGUGGGACCCACUAUCCACUGAUUAUCUUCUGGUGGCUAAUUUGCAUCAUGGGAUUCGUCUACUGGAUUCUGAGUCACUUUACUGCAUCACGACAUUUCGUUUUCCCAGUGCAGCAGUGUCUGUGCAGUGCUUAGCCUGGGUUCCCAGUGCUCCGGGCAUGUUUAUAACUGGAGAUUCUCAAGUGGGUAUUUUACGCAUUUGGAAUGUUUCAAGGACAACACCUAUCGAUAAUUUUAAAUUAAAGAAAACUGGAUUUCACUGCUUGCAUGUAGUUAAUUCUCCUCCAAAGAAAAAAUUUUUAGUCUCAUCUCCAAAUACAAAUCAUUACACAUCUUCAACAAGUGAAGCUGUCCCACCCCCGAAUUUGACACAGAACCAAGCAUUUUCUCUUCCUCCUGGUCAUGUUGUGUGCUGUUUCUUGGAUGGUGGAGUUGGGCUUUAUGACAUGGGAGCCAAGAAGUGGGAUUUUCUUAGAGAACUGGGACAUGUGGAAACUAUAUUUGACUGUAAAUUCAAACCUGAUGAUCCAAAUCUCUUAGCAACCGCUUCCUUUGAUGGCACUAUAAAAGUCUGGGAUAUAAACACACUGACAGCAGUGUACACUUCACCUGGUAACGAAGGGGUCAUUUUUGCUCUUUCAUGGGCUCCAGGUGAUUUAAAUUGCAUUGCUGGUGCAACUUCCCGAAAUGGCGCUUUUAUUUGGGAUGUUCAAAAGGGAAAAAUGAUACAGAGAUUUAAUGAGCAUGGAAAAAAUGGGAUAUUCUACAUUGCCUGGAGUCAUAAAGAUUCUAAACGAAUAGCAACCUGCAGUGGUGACGGGUUUUGUAUUAUUCGGACAAUUGAUGGUAAACUUCUGCACAAGUACAAGCACCCGGCUGCAGUCUUCGGCUGUGAUUGGAGCCAAAACAACAAAGACAUGAUAGCCACUGGCUGUGAAGACAAAAAUGUCCGCGUCUUUUAUGUAGCCACCAGCUCUAGCCAGCCACUGAAAGUAUUUAGCGGGCACACAGCAAGAGUGUUCCACGUUAAGUGGUCCCCACUGAGGGAAGGGAUUCUCUGCAGUGGUUCCGAUGAUGGCUCUGUUCGAAUCUGGGACUAUACACAAGAUGCUUGCAUAAACAUCCUUAAUGGACACACUGCACCUGUGAGGGGACUAAUGUGGAAUCCUGAGAUUCCUUACCUGCUAAUCUCUGGAAGCUGGGACUAUACUAUUAAAGUAUGGGAUACUCGAGGAGGAAUUUGCCUAGACACUGUGUAUGAUCAUGGUGCAGACGUAUAUGGUUUAACUUGCCAUCCAAGCCGCCCUUUCACUAUGGCUUCCUGCUCCCGCGACUCUACAGUGAGACUCUGGUCAUUAAUACCUUUAAUCACCCCUUUACAAAUAAAUAUUCUGGCAGACAGAUCUUGGGAAGAAAUUAUCGGGAACACUGAUAAUGCUAUAGAUCACGGCAUUCCUCCUCUACUAUGUGGGAAAGUGUCGAGAGACAUUAAGCAAGAAGUAGAAAAGCUAACGUGUAACCCUCGAGCGAAAAAGCUAAGAUUGUUUUCAGAAUGUUUAUCACCUCCAGGUGGCAGUGACAAUUUGUGGAACUUGGUCUCUGUGAUUAAAGGACAGGAUGACAGCUUGCUUCCUCAAAACUACUGCAAAGGAAUGAUGCAUUUGAAACACCUGAUUAAAUUUAGAACAUCCGAAGCCCAAGAACUAACAACAAUCAAGAUGUCUAAAUUUGGUGGUGGCAUUGGUGCACCUACUAAGGAGAAAAAGCUGAAAGAAGCUGCUGAAAUACACUUGAGACUAGGACAAAUUCAGCGGUACUGUGAACUUAUGGUCGAACUUGGAGAGUGGGACAAGGCCCUGUCAGUUGCCCCUGGAGUCUCUGUGAAGUACUGGAGGAAGUUAAUGCAGAGGAGAGCUGACCAAUUAAUUCAAGAAGAUAAGGAUGAUGUCAUUCCAUACUGUAUAGCCGUUGGUGAUGUGAAAAAACUGGUCAAUUUUUUUGUGUCCAGGGGUCAGCUCAAGGAAGCACUGCUUGUUGCACAGGCUGCAUGUGAGGGAAAUAUGCAAACUUUGCAUGUUUCUACACCUAAGGGAACUUCAUAUUCUGAUGAUAUCUACAAAGAAGACUUUAAUGAACUCCUACACAAAGUCAUACAUGAGCUGGCAGAAUGGUAUUUUCAGGAUGGCCGAGCUGUGUUGGCGGCAUGCUGCCAUCUUGCUGUAGAUGAUAUUGAGCUGGGUAUGGCAUACUUGAUCCGGGGGAAUGAACUAGAGCUCGCAGUCUCGGUGGGCACGGUCCUAGGAGAGCCUGCAGCCCCAGCAACCCAUUAUGCCCUGCGAUUACUGGCAAGGAAAUGCAUGAUGAUUCCAAUGUGCUUCCCGUCAGUUGCAUACAGUUUUCCCCUUUGUUGUACAAACAGGAAUUUGGCAGCUGAUCUUCUCCUGAUGGUUCCUGAGAGUGAAGUAGAUUUAGUGAAGCUCUGUGCCUUCUACCCAGGCUGCACUGAAGAAAUAAAUGAUCUUCACAGGAAGUGUAAUCUACCACCAGUAGAAGAAUGCAUGCAGUUAGCGGAAUCAGCCCGUGCAGAUGGCAAUGUGUUUGAAACCAUAAAGUAUUACUUACUGAGCCAGGAACCUGAACAGGCUCUUCCUAUUGGUAUUGACUUUGUGAAGGGAUGGCUCAGUACCUCAAACUGGACUGUAGAUGCCAUAUACCCUGUGCUUGACCUCUUGAGUUACAUCCGUACUGAAAAAUUACUUUUGCAUACAUGCACUGAGGCUCGAAAUGAAUUACUCAUAUUAUGCGGUUACAUGGGUGCCUUACUGGCUAUCAGAAGACAGUAUCAAAGCAUUGUUCCAGCACUUUAUGAAUACACGAGUCAGCUAUUAAAACGCCGAGUGGUGUCGCUACCUUUAAAAAUCGAGCAUCUCUCAAAGGAAUUGGAUGCAUGGAGAGCUUGCACACAAUCUGCCAACCAAUCAUCAGGAGAAUCUCCAUGCACACCCCCUUCUGAGUUACAAAGAACAUUUUAUGAGGCUUUAUUAAAGAGACUGAAAGAGGAGCCACUCAAAGGAAUUACUGGACCGGAUUGUGUGACCGGAUCAAAUCUUCCAAGCCAUUCAGAUAUUCACAUCUCCUGUCUUAAUGGACUAAAAAUCCAGGGCCCCGUGUAUUUCCUGGAAGAUGGGAAAUCAGCUAUUUCUUUGAAUGACGCUCUGAUGUGGGCAAAGGUGAAUCCAUUUUCACCUUUAGGAACUGGGAUACGACUCAAUCCAUUUUGACUGAAGAUUUUCCUUCAUACUUUGUAGUUUUUGUAAAAAGGAAAUUUGGGGUAUUUAUAACUUUCAUCUUUUUUGCGAGGUGGAUUGGUGGUUAGAAGAUAUGAGGGAAUAAUAUUAAAUUUUAUUAACUUCAGAAUAAAAUAUUUAUAUAAUUCCAAAGGAAAAAUAUGUGUCUCACUGAUAAAUGGUCUUAUUUAUAUUUAUAAGGAAGUUUUAAAUAAACUGUAAAGAACUAAAUAAGCAAAACAGAUAGGGUUUUAAUGACAAAAAUGUCAACAAAACACUGUAAAAACAUUGAAACACAUAAAGUACAUCGCCUAGUUCUUGACACAUACGAGAUUUUGAUGAAAAUUUAAUGAAUAUCUUGAGAUAUCAAAAUUUGUGGAAUACACCGCUGAUUUCCAAUU